UGGGCUCUGGAGCUAGGGACCUCGGCAGGCCAAGGGGGAGGUGCGGGUAGAUAGAAAGGAGGUGUCUGGGCAGCGCUCGGAGGUUGGCGCCCGUUCGCGCUCUCAUUCAAGCGGUUGUACGCCCUUGUCCCAGCAGUUCUCGCUGACCGCGUCAGCUGCGUUUUCUGCGAUCUCGCACCCUGAACUCGUCUGCAAACGUCCUGGCGUCUGUCUCCACCAUGCCUAGCCUUUGGGAUCGCUUCUCUUCAUCCUCCUCCUCUUCGUCCUCAUCCUUGUCCCGAACUCCCUCCCCAGAUCAGCCGCCGCGCUCCGCCUGGGGGUCGGCGGCCCGAGAAGAGGGGCUCGGCCGCUGUGCGAGCCUGGAGAGCUCGGACUGCGAGUCCCUCGACAGCAGCAACAGUGGCUUCGGACUAGAGGAAGACUCAGCAUACCUGGAUGGGGUGUCCCUGCCCGACUUCGAGCUGCUCAGCGACCCUGAGGAUGAGCACCUGUGUGCCAGUCUGAUGCAGCUGCUGCAGGAGAGCCUGGCCCAGGCUCGGCUGGGAUCGCGGCGCCCAGCGCGCCUGCUGAUGCCCGGCCAGUUGGUGAGCCAGGUGGGCAAAGAACUACUGCGUCUGGCCUACAGCGAGCCGUGCGGCCUGCGGGGGGCGCUGCUGGACGUCUGUGUAGAGCAGGGCAAAAGCUGCCACAGCAUUGGUCAACUGGCCCUCGACCCCAGCCUGGUGCCCACCUUCCAGCUGACCCUUGUGCUGCGCCUAGACUCACGCCUGUGGCCCAAGAUCCAAGGGCUGUUCAGCUCUGCCAACUCCCCCUUCGUCCCUGGCUUCAGCCAGACCCUGACGCUGAGCACAGGCUUCCGAGUCAUCAAGAAGAAGCUAUACAGCUCGGAGCAGCUGCUCAUUGAGGAAUGUUGAACUUGGGCCUGAGGAGCUAACACUGCCCCUAGGGCAGAGAAAACUGAACUUUUUGGGGUGGACGUUGGCAGGCAGGAGCUGAGGGACUGAUACCUGUCAUUAAAAACCUGACAACAGUCACCUGGGAGAAGGAAGGUCAAGGUCGGGGGAACAUAGCAUAGUGUUUCCUGGAAAGCUCACUUAGGUAUGUGCAGGUGGCUCCCCGUUGGGGGCACAUGCCCCUCAGUACUGUAGCAUGAAACAAAAGCUUAGGGGCCAACCAGGCUUCUGGCUGGAUGUGUAUGUAGCAUGUACCUUAUUACUUUUAUCGUUACUGACAAUUAAAACAACGGUAGUGUGACAGCCAGGAGAGCAGCUGGGCUGCACUGGCCUUUACAAGGCAAGGGGUGUGUGCUGGUGGAGCCGGCCCUGGUGGGAGGGGGGGAGUCAUUGAAGUGGUUUGUAUCUCAUGGUCUGAAGGGGCCAAAUGUGUGUGUUCUUUGUUUCUGUAUCUUGGUUUUUUGAUCAGAGCUUCACUACUGACCUGUUCCAGGCAGCUAUCUUACAGACGCAUGAAUGUAAGAGUAGGAAGGGGUGGGUGUUGGGAUCACUUGGGGAUCUUUGACACUUGAAGGAAAAUACACCUGGGAGCUGUGUUCAGUCCCUCCCGUAAUGUGUACUGAAGAGUUGAGCUGUAGGGGAAGGGGCUGAUGGGGGUGGGGGCUGGACCCCUCCCCAGAGGAGUGUCAUCUGGGUCUUCCAUCUAGAACUGUUUACAUGAAGAUACUCACUGUUCAUGAAUACACUUGAUGUUCAAGUAUUAAGACCUAUGCAAUAUUUUUUACUUUUCUAAAUAAAAAAAUGUUUGUUAAAAUGG